UGAUUGAUCUCAGUAAGACCAGACCAAGAAAGCACUUUCAAAGACUCUCUCUGUGGCUCAAAGCUCAGCAUCUGCUUUCUCACUCCAAUAAAAAAAAUUCUUAAAAAACACACGAAAUAAAAUCCUUCUCAAGCUGUCAUUUUCACGGCAGUGAGCUCCACCCAUUUCUCUUUUCGCACUCUCAAAGCAACAUUUUUCCUAAUAGGAUCAGUUUUUGGGAUCUGGGUUAAUUUAGGGUUUGUGUAAAGUUUUGAGCUUUUUUGGGAAUUGUUGAGAGUUGGGGUCAGUGAUUGAUUUUUGGGUUGAAUGCAGUGUUUCUUUCAGGGGGCUUUGUGGGUGGAGAAGAUCUAAGCUGCAUGAGGUUGAGGUGGAUUAUAUGUUGUAGUGGCUUUGGAUGAGAUAUUUUCUAGGUUUUCUUGGGAACUCUUUUGCUUUUGGGUGGGUGGGUGGGUUGGUUUUCAUGCAAUUUUGCGGUUAUGGGUGUCAAAAAUUUAGUGUUUAAUGUGCUCGAGUAAGGAGGAGGGUGGCAAUUGAAGAUAUUUGAUUUCUGGGCUUUUUAGGGUAAGGGUGGUGUGGUCUUAGCUUGUCAAAAGUAGUUCUAAUUUAGAGGAUGAGACUUUCUCCAGCUGGGUUCAAUCAGCAAACUCAGGAAGGGGAGAAGAAAUGUUUGAAUUCGGAGCUAUGGCAUGCAUGUGCGGGUCCUCUUGUUUCUCUACCUCCUGUUGGAAGCCGCGUUGUAUACUUUCCCCAGGGACACAGCGAACAGGUUGCUGCGUCAACCAACAAGGAAGUAGAUGCUCAUAUCCCUAACUACCCUAACUUACCUCCGCAACUUAUCUGCCAGCUUCACAAUGUGACUAUGCAUGCUGAUGUGGAAACAGAUGAAGUAUAUGCUCAAAUGACCUUGCAACCAUUGAGUCUGCAAGAGCAAAAAGAUGUGUACCUGCUUCCUGCUGAACUGGGAACUUACAGCAAACAGCCAACCAACUAUUUUUGUAAAACAUUAACUGCUAGCGAUACAAGUACUCAUGGAGGAUUCUCUGUUCCUCGCCGGGCAGCUGAGAAAGUCUUCCCUCCUCUUGAUUAUUCCUUGCAACCUCCGGCUCAAGAACUUAUAGCUAGAGAUCUUCAUGAUAACGAAUGGAAAUUCAGACACAUAUUCCGCGGCCAGCCCAAGAGGCAUCUGCUCACGACAGGAUGGAGUGUGUUUGUUAGUGCAAAACGUCUUGUUGCCGGUGAUGCUGUCCUUUUUAUCUGGAAUGAAAAGAAUCAAUUGCUUUUGGGUAUUCGGCGUGCGAAUCGUCCGCAAACAGUCAUGCCUUCAUCAGUUUUAUCAAGUGACAGCAUGCACAUUGGUCUUCUUGCUGCGGCUGCUCAUGCAGCUGCCACAAAUAGCCGCUUUACGAUAUUUUAUAACCCAAGGGCAAGCCCUUCGGAGUUUGUCAUUCCCCUGGCAAAGUAUGUUAAAGCAGUAUAUCAUACUCGGGUUUCUGUGGGAAUGCGAUUUAGGAUGCUUUUUGAGACAGAAGAGUCGAGUGUUCGGCGGUACAUGGGUACAAUAACAGGCAUUAGUGAUUUGGAUCCUGUUCGCUGGCCGAACUCACAUUGGCGCUCUGUUAAGGUUGGCUGGGAUGAAUCCACUGCAGGUGAGAGGCAGCCAAGAGUAUCCUUAUGGGAAAUUGAACCCUUAACAACGUUUCCUAUGUAUCCAUCCCCCUUUCCCCUGCGACUAAAGCGACCAUGGCCAUCUGGACUGCCCUCAUUCCACGGUUUCAAAGAUGGUGAUCUGAACAUUAGUAGUCCUCUGAUGUGGCUUCAAGGAGGUGUAGGAGAUCAUGGAAUUCAAUCUUUGAACUUUCCAGGCUUUGGGGUUUCACCUUGGAUGCAGCCAAGGUUUGAUGGUUCUAUGUCUGGUCUUCAGCCUGAUGUAUACCAAGCCAUGGCAGCUGCUGCUCUUCAGGAAAUGCGGGCAGUUGAUCCUUCCAAAAUGGCUUCGCAAUCGCUUCUGCAGUUUCAACAAUCUCAAAAUGCAUCCAGUGGAUCUGGCGCUUUGAGCCAGAGGCAGAUGUUACAGCAGCAGUCCCAUUCUCACAACAACUUUCCUCGGAGUUUCCAAGAAAACCAGGCGUUGGCUCAAACUCAGGCUCAGCUUCUGCAACAGCAGUUGCAGCGUCAGCAGUCGUAUAAUGAUCAGCGGCAACAACACCAUCCACAGCAGCAGGAACAGCAACCUCAGCAACUACAUCAGUUACCUAUGCAGCAGCAAAUCCCGAGUUUCAUCUCGGCUCUGCCGCAUAUGGCAUCAUCCACCCAGUCCCAGUCUGCAGCAUUGCAGGCCAUUCCUUCACAGUGCCAACAACAGACUUUUGGUGAUUCUGUUGGGAGCACUGUAGCCACGGCAGAUGUGUCCUCUAUGCAUAGUAUCUUAGGUUCAUUAUCUCAGGAGGGAGCUUCCCAUUUACUUAAUAUAAAUGGAUCAAACCCUGUCAAUUCUUCUAGCUUGUUACCCAAGCAAGUUCCCAUUGAAUCUCAGCUUCUUUCUGGAGCUGUGAAUUGUGUACUUCCCCAAGUGAAACAGUUGGGAACAUCUCAGUCAAAUGUCUCUGACCUCUCCAGUAUGUUGCCUCCAUUUCCAGAAAGGGAUUACUCUGCUUACCAAGGUGCUACUGAUCCACAAAACAAUCUUUUCUUCAGGGUUAACAAUGAUUCCUCAUCCCUUAUGCUGCAGCAUGGGAUGUCAAACCUAAGAAACAUUGGCAGUGAAAAUGAUCCAUUGGCUAUGCCGUUCACUGCUGCAAAUUUUCCAAAUGCUACUGGGAAUGAUUUUCCUCUUAAUUCAGACAUGACAACACCAAGUUGUGUAGAUGAAUCGGGUUUUUUGCAGUCUUCUGAAAAUGUGGACCAAGUAAACCCUUCAUCUGGAACCUUUGUCAAGGUUCACAAAUCUGGGUCCUUUGGGCGAUCACUGGAUAUAUCCAAGUUCAGCAGCUAUGAUGAGCUGCGCAGUGAGCUCGCACGCAUGUUUGUCCUUGAAGGCCAAUUGGAGGACCCUCAGAGAUCAGGCUGGCAGCUUGUAUUUGUUGACCGGGAGAAUGAUGUUCUUCUCCUCGGUGACGACCCUUGGCAGGAGUUUGUGAACAAUGUGUGGUAUAUCAAGAUACUAUCACCUUUGGAAGUACAACAAAUGGGCAAAGAAGGCCUCAAUCCUGCAGCUUCUGCCUCGACCCAAAGGCACACCAACAGCAGCUACAACUGUGAUGGCUACAUGAGUAGACGGGACGUGAGAAAUUCGAGCAACGGAAUUGCAUCCAUGGGGUCUAUCGACUACUGAUGAAGUGGAAAUGACAAUUGGCCGCUGAUGGAAGUGUAUAAAUAUCAGUUAUGCAUGUUAGCAUUCUUUCUUUCGCUUUUGUUGGCACCCGAGUAAGCUUAUCUAGACAACUGUAUUUCAUUUGUACUAUUAUAAGUUCUAGUAGGAGACUUCCCUUAACUGUCACUAUAAUAGUCAGAACAGAACAACAGGGAUCCACUAGGAGAGGUGUCUUUUAUCGUAUAGGAUGAUAUAAGAUUUUCAAGUUAUAUGGACUCAAAUGUGACCUUCCAUGUUUAGAUUAUGGACGAGUUAUAUGCUUUGAAGCUAGACGUCUUAUCUGAAGCUAAUCUUUUUAGUUAUAUG